AUAAAAAGAGGAUUGAUGUGUUAGAUUAGGGUUUAGAAAUAUCUGAAAGUGAAUUGCCAGAAUGUCGAAGGAGUUGGAUACCAACUUGCUAGGCGUCGUAAGACCGCCCUCGGAAAGCUGCGAUGAAAGAGGAAAACGUCCGAAAUUGGAAGAGGAAUCCGAACCGGAGUUGGAAUCCAAACCGGAAUCUGAUUCGGAACCAGAACCGGAGUUGGAAUCCAAACCGGAAUCUGAUUCGGAACCAGAACCGGAAUACAUUGAUUGGGAUUAUAGAACGAUACCAUAUGAAGAGCUGGUUUAUGAAGACUUCGCAAAACGGUUUGACGAUUUCCCUCGCCCUUAUUUUUUUUCGUGUUCCCGCUUUAUUUAUAUGAAUAAGGCUCAGAAGAAGCAAAACGAGGAAGAAGAAAAGGCAGUGGCUGAUUAUUUACGAGAAUCUGCUAACAUAAGUCCCUUCGAUGCUAUCCCUGUUCCACCCUUAGCAAAUAGACGUGCCAAUAACUAUCCCAAGCCUAUGACUAGCUAUGAUUAUCGUGGUGAUCGUACCAAUCGUCUUAUCGAACUUUCCAAACUUUCUUUGGAAAAGUACAAUGAUGAUCAGGGUUCAAAUUACCAGUUUCAUAACUUUGUCAAAGCAUGUCGACGUCGUCUUCCUCUUGUUACUUAUUACAUUACCUUUGAAGCAAAAGAUGCUGCUACCCAUGUUGAUCCUUUCAAUAGCCCAAUUACAACUUUCCAGGCCCAUGUCUGGAAACGGCCUACCAAAGUUGGACCGCCUGUGUCAAUUUUCUUAGAGACUUCUCAUUGA